AACGCGCGUCGAUCUAUGACUCGAUCGGGUAGUGGUGUUAGUUGUUGGUUUCACCGCUGCUUUUCCCCUUCAAGGUCUGUGUUAUUUUUGGGGAACGGAUGAGAAAUAGUUCGGUUGAGCACGUUCUUUUCCCCUCGCUCACCGUUGCCCGUUAUCAGAAUGCUUUUCCAAGCUUUUCUUCACCGCCAUAUACUGACAUUUUUGCGAUUGGGUAAAACACACAUAACAACCCAUCAGCGAUUAUUCAGGGGCGCAAAUAUGAGAAGGUCAUAUGAUCAGUUUAUCACCAAAUUUCGAUGCCCGUUCUCCACCGACUGUGUUGGCGGCCGGGCACCCAAAUUUCUGUACCAGCUAGCUCGAAUCCGGCAUGGCUAGGCGUUUCACCACGCCACGACGAACUGUGCGAUUAUCUCCCAGUGGAAGUUACUUACAAAUGUAGCUCGAGAGUGACAUGUCUCGGACGGACCCCAGUAUGGGAGCCUGCAAUGCAUCCCAUCCCUCGGUACGACUCAUGGGUCUACAGCAUGGUGGGACGUAAAGACGUCACUUCAUGCAGCCACUGACAAAUGUGUAUAUGUUUCCCAGCAUCGUCGACGAGGGCGGCAUUCAGAACUGCUCAGCAAGCUGACGGAUUAGACGGCGGUCGGCCUCAUUCCGCUCUUGGGAAUAGCUUGGAUGUGAGACUAUGAAGGUGGUAGCGCACAUGGCUAGGAGGGGACGGACCGAGGUUUGGUGUGGCUCAGCGUAUCACCGCUCCAGAUGGUGCUUCGAGAACUGUGCCACGACGGACUGUCCCGUUGGCCCGCCUCCAAUCCGUUCAGUUCAGUCAAGUGGAUUCCACUAAACAUGCGCGCCCUGCUUUUAUGAUUCACCUUGUUGAUUAUGUCAUGCACCGCUCGCUGAUGAGGUUCGUUGCUGGGACCGUGGCUGUCAUGAUGGCCGCAUGUUUCGGUGGCCGCAUGCAAUGAUGAGUGCAGGCGGCUGCUUACAUGUCUGCAGGCCAGCCGGCAGUGCAGGCCCUCCUGAUCACCUACAUGCUGGGCGCUCAUCGGCACAUGCUGGAGAUACAGUGUCGAGAGUGAUAAACGCCGGGUCUGGAGUUGUUGACCUUGGAAGCUGAGAUGGAAGCUGGGAAGGGGAUGGACUUAUUCGUCUACGUGCAGGCUGAUGGACGGUUGGGGAAGAAGGGGAGCUAAGAGCUGGAGUAAGAGCUACGAGAUCCAAGGCGUGCCCAAGGACAAAGGAUGCCCAAGAUAGGAUAUAGAUAUGGUACUUAUAUGGGAACCCCCACGCUAUGUUUGGAACUAUGAGUUAUGGGAAAUGUGGCAAAGUGAGUGUACCAGAUACCAACAUUACAACAACGUUAUGGUUCUAACAAAAUACUCUCCGCUGUACUCCACUUCCACUGUACCGACAAAUACUGGAGUACUGACAAUAUCCACUGUACUCCACUAUACUUUAGCUGUUUUGCCCGUCCUACUACCAACCCUGCUCCUUGUCAAAUUUGCUCUAUGCUCUCCAUACUCUCCACUCCAUACAAAACUAAUAUACUAAACUAACAAUCUCACUUUAUUGAUUCACGCGAUUCAAGAGGUGAACCACAGCGCUGGAUACAAGCGAGAGUAACACACGAAACAUGGGAGAGGGAACGUCCAACCAGUAUGCCAGCAUCCCACCAAUUGUCCCAACCAUAAUCCCAGCAUGGGUUCGGGCGUAAACUAAAUCGCCGGGUCGCUCCCCUCUACAAACUAUUCUAUACUAUUGUUUCGACUGUAUUAUUACCAUUACCAUUACCAUUACCGGUAUAUCCUUCAUUGAGAAACGAUACUCCCGUACUCCCCUCUCCUCUAGCCCGUGUACAAAACAAGGGUGCAUAGUUUGUACACCAAAGCACAAACAAAAACUACUCUACUGUCGGCCUUCUCAUUAGCCCCAAAAUCAAAAAAAGAAGUCGUCCCCCCUUGCUUCCUAUAUCCCGUGUUGUCCGUCCGCCAUCCACCUCCUCCCAACGUCAGGCAGACUAGACUGUGGAACCCCUCCCAAGGGUCCUAUCAUCGUCAUCGACCAGGAAGAAGCUUGAAUCCCGUCCCUCCCGCGUGGGCUACCGUUGUUACGGGUGCGAGUUGGAACAGGCCAAUCCAACGGCGGGGUACGAUCAGCGGUUGUACGAGAGAAGACGAAAAACGCCCCAGCGUCUCUCCGUCACAAGAACAGCCUGCCACUACCGCCUCGGGCAAGGUUGUAGAACGGACUGCCCAUCCGAUGGCGACUAUGCAUGAUGAUGAUGAGCGGCUGCUGGCUCAGAUUGGCUACGAGCAGAAAUUCACCCGCCACUUCACGAAGUACUCCACGCUCUCCUAUGCCGUCUCAGUCUUGGGAGUCCUGGGCUCUGUCCCAGCGACAUUUGGAAGCCCGCUCAGUCUCGGCGGACCGGCUGCGGCGGUGUGGGCUUGGGCGUUUGGAUCGUUGAUGGCUCAGUGCAUUUCUAUGUCUGUUGCGGAGCUGGUCUCUGCGUACCCCACGGCGGGAGGAAUGUAUUUCGUCACCAAGAACGUGGUUCCGCCGAAGCACUCGGCGCUCUGGUCGUGGGUUAUCGGAUGGUGUAAUUUCCUAGGCCAAACAGCUGGAGUUGCUAGUGUGGCAUACACAGUCGCCCAACAGAUCCUCGCGGCGGUUAGCAUGAACUCUCACUUCGACGGCGAGGCAUAUGCAUUCUCACCCUCCGCCCUCCAAACCGUCCUCCUCUCCAUGGCCGUCCUGGUCAUAACCGGCGUAAUCUGCUCCCUCACCACCCGCAACCUGCACAAAAUCAUCCUCUGGUUCGCGCCUAUCAACGUCAUCGCAUCCGUCUCCAUCUGCAUCGCCCUCCUCAUCCUGACGCCCAACCUGCAGCCCGCAAGCUGGGUCUUCGGGCACUUCACCGAUGGCUCCGGAUGGGGAACCCCAUUCUCUUUUUUCCUGAGUUUCUUGUCCGUGGCUUGGGUCAUGACCGAUUAUGAUGGGACGACUCAUAUGUCUGAGGAGACCCACGACGCCGCUAUUCGUGGACCUCAGGCUAUUCGCUGGGCUGUCACUAUAUCGGGAUUGGUCGGGUGGAUGAUCACUGUCACGCUGUGCUUCUGUACCACCGAUCUCGACGCCGUUAUUAACUCCCCAACCGGCAUGCCCGCAGCACAGAUCUUCCUCAACGCUGGCGGCAAAAAGGGGGGAACGGCAAUGUGGUUCUUCGUCAUCCUCGUCCAGUUCUUCACAGGCUGUUCCGCAAUGUUAGCAGAUACACGCAUGGCCUUUGCCUUUGCCCGCGACAACGCCCUGCCAUUCUCCACCUUCUGGUCCACCGUCAACCCCCGCACCAACACCCCCAUCAACGCCGUCUGGCUCGUCGUCGCCUUCGCCAUAGUCCUAAACUGCAUCGGCAUCGGCAGCACCGAGACCAUCGUCGCCAUCUUCAACAUCACCGCCCCAGCCCUUGACCUCUCCUACGUAGCAGUAAUCCUCGCUCGCAACAUCUACAGUUCCCAAAUCGAUUUCCGCCCCGGCCCCUACGUGCUGGGCUGGAUGAGGAAGCCGCUGAAUGGGAUUGCGGUCACCUGGGUUUUCUUUAUUAGUGUGGUGCUGCUGUUCCCGACGAUUAGGCCGGUGACGGCGGAGAAUAUGAAUUAUGCGUCUGUGGUGGGGGCGGCGAUUGCGUUGUUUGCUUGGGGGUGGUGGUGGGCGGGUGCGAGGAACAAGUACUCCGGUCCGAUUACGAAGGAUAUACUCGAGAUCAUCGCCACAGAGGAUGGGCUGGAUGAUCACAUCAACGAGGAUUACCAUACCACCGACUACGGCGUCGCCAGGUUAUCUUGAGCGAGUUUAGAGCCUUGUGUGGGAAAGUGUGUGCGGAGGGAGGGGGUGGUCGGAUUAUAGUAUAGGUUACGCACGUCUGACCAGCACCGUGGUCGUUCGUUUGAGAUGAGUGAGAGUUUUUCGUGUUUUGGCGUAUAUAUAGCGAAGGAGUUUGGGAGGUAUUUUGGGUCAUGGUAUAGACUUUUUUUAUUACUUUAUUACUUUAUUUUUAUCCUGGUAAUGGGUCCUAGAGAGCUAUGGUGAUGAAUAUAGGUUUUAUUUCGGUCUUGUAUCUACGCGGGG